AUGAAUAAAUUGUAUGGGAUAGCCCUCUUGGCUUCGACUGUUCAUGGGUUGACCUUGUCAUAUUGUUCCACCCUGAACAUUGGAUCAGACUUGACGACUGAUGAUUAUAUGUCCAACGGGCUCUGUAAAACAACAUGUCUGGCCGCUGGGUAUUCCGUCUCUAUAUUGCAGGGGAAAAACUGCUGGUGUUCCGAUGAUAUACCCUCAUCGACGGUUGAUUCCUCAAAUUGUGACACUCCGUGCCCGGGAUACCCUCUGGAAAUGUGUGCUUCUAGUGGUUACUACGGGUACUUGGUGAUAGGUACUGUAAGUGGGACGUCGACGGUGGGUGGUUCGUCUACAGUCCUCUCCUCCUCGUCGUCGUCAUCGUCAUCGUCGUCUUCCUCCUCAUCUCGAACCAGCACAAGAACGUCAAGUUCACGCACAAGUUCUGAUUCCAGUUCCGACACAACACCAUCAGAGACCUCCUUAUCAUCGUCAUCGUCAUCGUCAUCGUCAGAUGAAGAAACCUCGGAGUCUUCCUCGGAAACCUCCUCGAAAACAACCUCCUCAGCAUCCAUAAGAGCAACCACUAUAUACGAAACUGUUUCAGGCUCCCAGCAGAAAACCACCGAGUACAUCACCGAAACUCCAUCACUGACUUCAGAUUCAUCUUCAAGUGCAACUUCUGAUUCCAGUACGAGUUCCGGGUCACAAUCAGACUCGAGCUCGAGCUCAGCCGGCUCUUCAUCUACAGCAUCUUCUUCCAAGAAAAACUCAUUCUUUGAUUCCACGGGUAAGGUUGCUGGAACCUUCACAGUCGUUGGACUUGUAGCGGCUGCCCUUAUCGGAGCUCUUCUAUACUUCUGGUGUUGCGCAGGAUGCUGUGGCUUUGGAGGAAGAUACUAUAAUAACUCGGAUGAGGAAAAUGGGUACGCAUCCGAUGAUGCCUCCUUUACUAAUAAACAUGGAGGAAUUGUGGUUCCUAUGCCACCGACGCCUGGAACCCCUCGGAAUGGUGGCCCAAAUAACCACUCCCCAAAUACCAACAACGGCAGCAACAUUGCAACCACCAAUAAAACACUCACAAGAGAUAAUUCAAAUAAGUCUGUAUUUUCAUUCUUUGCCAGCAAUGGUGCUGGUGCUGCCCUUGGAAGGAAUUCGUCCAAGAAGAAACUCCUCUCCAAAGAGAAUAACAGCAAUAAUAAUAGCAAUAUUGACAGAAACUUCAAUUCUACCAUUCUAGUAGACGAAAUGAACCAGCAUCUGGCAUCAAACAGCUUUGGUGAAAACGAUAUUAUGAUUCCAAUUGCCGAAUUGGACCACAGACUUGAGCCUGGUGCCGUCUUCUUAGCUACUAAUGAGUCCAAAAACUCUCUUCGAGAUGAAAAUGAUUAUUCGAGAAGAAUCCUUACCGUCACCAAUCCGGAAUAA